AUGGCGUUGAUAUCUUCGAUAGUUUGCAGGUCAUACCUUACCUACUCCCUCUUCACAAUCUCAAUCUGGCUCUUGAUACCUGGCGCACUUGCGAUAGUGAGCUCUACGUACCAGCUAGACACGGACUACUCUGGCCCAAAAUUUUUUGAGGGCUUCGACUUCUGGACUGAACCCGAUCCAACAAACGGCUUCGUGUCGUACCAAUCGUACGCAUCUUCUCUGAGGAAAGGCCUAGUUAAGAAUAAUUACGAUGGUUCUCAUUACAUGGGUGUGGAUCAUACCACAACUCUCUCGACCGCUAGCGUUGGUAGAGAGAGUGUGAGGAUCAGUAGCAAGAAGCUGUUUACGCAUGGCUUGUUCAUCGCAGAUAUUCAACAUAUGCCGGGUAGUAUCUGUGGUAGCUGGCCAGCCUUCUGGAUGUUUGGACCGCAAUGGCCAAACUCGGGCGAGAUUGAUAUUAUCGAGGGAGUCAACAGCCAAAUGAAAAACAUCAUGACCUUACACACUGGUGAUACUUGCACAAUCUCAGGUGCUCUGUCCCUCGGGACUCUUCAAACAGGCGACUGCAAUCAAAAAAACGGUUUCGGAUGCGGUAUCUCGUCCAGCAGCUCAUCUUCUUAUGGAGACGGGUUCAACAAUGUAGGAGGUGGUGUCUACGCUACACAGUGGACUUCGGACUAUAUCCGUAUCUGGUUCUUUCCUCGCAAUACCAUACCCGCCGAUGUCCUGUCCGGGAACCCAGACCCUAGCUCUUGGGGCUACCCAGAUGCCGACUUUCAGGGUAACUGUGAUAUUGAUGCGAAUUUCCGAAAUCACCAGAUUGUGUUCGAUACCACCUUCUGCGGAGAUUGGGCUGGCGGCGUAUUCAGCAGUGAUAACUCGUGUAAGUACAAAGCGAACAGCUGUGUGGAUUAUGUGGCGGGAAAUCCAGGGGACUUCAAGGAUUCGUACUGGAACAUCAACUCGGUGAAAGUCUAUGUUCUUGCACCAGCACAAGCACCAGCGCCUCCCUCAUCUUCGACCAAGCCAAUCACCACCUCCAAGCUUACAUUAAGUCAGAAUGCAAUCAUUGAGCCCACCACCACGGAGACCUCUUCGAUGCCGCUUUGGACCAUAGAGCCCACGUCAGAGAGUGUGUCUUCGACUCGCAAGCGCCUGCCGACGUCCGAUCAAACCACCGCAGCCUUUCCAUCCCAGCCAACAUCUUACACGAAUACAACGAUCAUAUCCGCGCCGCCGGCUUUCAAGGACUGGAAAUAUAAAGGGUGUUUCUCCUCUGUGAAAUCUGGCUUUCCUACUUUCACUCUCGCUUCAGAGGACCGGUAUAUGACUACAUCUAUUUGCGCGGGAAUUUGCGGCACCAAGUCGUACUUUGGGAUAUUUUCGACAAACUGUUACUGCGGUACCCAACUCACCGACACGGUUAGAGUUGCUGAUAGCGCCUGUUCAACCCCAUGCCCCGGGGAUUCUAGAGAGAGAUGCGGAGGUCUGUUGAGCCUCGAAGAUAAGAGAAGCAUUGACCAUGCGUCGUCUGGGGAGGUAUUGGGGAAGAGAAUCAACGAUAAUUAUCUUCUGGUUGUUUACGAAAAGGAUGCACUGCCUCUUGAUAUUCUUUCAUCGUCCGAGUCUCCGGCACCCAAGCCUACUGCAGACCCGUCAGAAGCCUAUUUCGAACCUACUUCGGGAGGACUGCUGGUACCGAGCAUCACACGUUCAGCGAUUGGAUCUCUCAUUGGGUUACCGAUGGGUGAGAGUGCUGACCCGUCGGAUCUGGCUACGAGUCGUGGUACCCAGGUGUACCCCGUGCACACAAUCACGCCUCUGGCAACACCUACGACUAGCUUCACUUCCGUGGGUAGUCUGACAGGUGCUGGUAUGGGAGAUGGGAAAGGAAAUGGUGCUACUACAUACACCACAGUCCUGACCACCACCUACACCGAUGUCUGCGACUGCGCCGAAUCAACGUUCAAAGAAUUCACUGUCACCAGCACAAUGACGCUCACCCAUUGCGGAUGUACCUCGAAGCCAAGCCAAGCCUCCAUACCGGCACAGAUCCCAAUGACGACCAUGACUCGAUUGUGUUACGACUGCGGCAUGAGCGGGACCGUGAUCGUCACGGUUCCAUGCACAGAAGUGAAGACUCCUCUACCCAAACCAACGCACCCGGGUCUUCCUACCAUCAGCAGCCCAGUGGUCGCCCCAACCCCGCGCACCGAAUCCACGGCUCACAUCCCCAAACCAACUCCCCCGGCAAAGCACACGGUUCUUUCUAUCGUCAGAAGUAAAGUCGUCGUCACGGUUCCGUGCACGGAACCCACGGCUCUCCUCCCCAAGAAAGCCCAACCGGUAAAGCAGAAUGGUCCUCUCGAGGUCAAGCCUAGAGCACUUGUCGGGGAAAACACCACUGCGGCUGCGGUCUCGAGUGUCACCACCUCGCCGCUUCCCGUGUACCCGAGCGAGUCGGCCCCGAUUUGGCAGGCGGCGAGCAAUGGGACGUUGCUAAGUAGCGUGGGUGUGGGUGGGAAGAGUGCGAGGUGGGGGCUUGCUCUCUUUAUGGGAUUGGGGGCUCUGAUUUUGAUGUUUGGAUGA